ACAUCAAUAUCCAAAAUGAAACACUCUCUUGUUUCUUCUUUGCUGCUAUUGCUUGUGUUCUUCCUUGCAGCUGGGUCGACCCAGGGGUCCCUGUUGGACAUCUGGUCGGACCGUUUCCCAGAUCCAUUCCGAGUUCUGGAGCAGAUCCCCUUGGGCCUGGACAGGGAUGCGGACCUAGCCCCCUCUCCAGCCAGGGUGGACUGGAAGGAGACACCUGAGGGACAUGUUAUCAUGAUGGACAUCCCGGGUCUGAGGAAGGAGGAGGUGAAGAUAGAGGUGGACGAGAGCCAAAGAGUGCUGAGGGUGAGCGGGGAGAGGAAGAAGGAAGAGGAGAAGAAAGGUGACCACUGGCACCGGAUGGAGAGGUCCUAUGGCAAGUUCUGGAGGCAGUUCAGGCUGCCUAAUAAUGUAGACUUGGAGGGUGUUAAGGCCAAGCUUGAGAAUGGGGUGCUCACCUUGUCUUUGCCCAACUUGUCGUCUGAUCGGAUCAAGGGUCCCAAGGUGGUCAGCAUUGCUGGAGGAGAUGAGGAAGAGAACCCCAAGCUCAAAAGUGAAACCUCCAAACAGGAACUUUGACUUGACCUGAGAGAGGCUGUCUGGUGAAAAGCUUUGUUUUGUCUCUGAGAAUAAGUUUAUAGUUUGAUCUUCCCUGUGAGUUGUGACUAUGAUGAGUCAAGGUGUGUUUUCUCAAGGCAGUUAAUGUAAACAUGAAGUUGUGAUAUGUUAUUUCGUCUUUCCACAAAA